AUGGGCGACGUCCUGGUUGAAAACCCGUUCAACACCGUUGCGCCUCACAAAAAACCACCCAUCUCCGAUUCUAUUCCCGACGUCGAUUCUUUAGAAGGAGCUGGCGCAGAUAAUGGCGAUGAAUACUCUACUUUGAAGAGACUGCAGAGACACUUAGAGUAUAUCAAGCUACAGGAAGAAUACAUCAAAGAUGAGCAGAGCACCGGCAUCGUACAAUCAUCUACAGGCUCCAACUAUGUCGUCCGCAUCCUUUCCACUUUGGAUCGUGAAAAGCUCAAGCCUUCUUCGUCGGUGGCACUGCAUCGGCAUUCCAACUCCCUUGUUGAUAUCCUCCCUCCUGAAGCCGAUUCUUCCAUUGCGAUGCUUGGAGCCGAUGAAAAACCCGAUGUCACUUAUGCAGAUGUGGGUGGUCUGGACAUGCAAAAGCAAGAAAUCCGUGAAGCUGUCGAAUUACCCCUGACUCACUUCGACCUUUACAAGCAAAUUGGUAUUGAUCCUCCCCGCGGUGUGCUGCUAUAUGGACCUCCGGGCACAGGAAAGACAAUGUUGGUCAAGGCAGUGGCAAAUAGCACGACUGCCAGCUUCAUCCGAGUGGUGGGUUCGGAAUUUGUUCAGAAAUAUCUGGGCGAGGGACCGCGUAUGGUUCGAGAUGUUUUCCGCAUGGCUCGCGAGAACUCACCUGCUAUUAUUUUCAUUGACGAAAUCGAUGCGAUUGCCACGAAGCGAUUCGAUGCGCAAACUGGAGCUGAUCGAGAGGUCCAGCGUAUCCUCUUGGAGCUGCUCAACCAGAUGGACGGGUUUGAUCAGACUAGCAAUGUCAAGGUCAUUAUGGCGACAAACCGAGCCGACACCCUGGAUCCUGCCCUUCUUCGACCUGGGAGACUGGACCGCAAGAUCGAAUUCCCAUCCCUUCGGGACCGCCGAGAACGUCGAUUGAUUUUCACCACAAUCGCCAGCAAGAUGUCGUUGUCGCCCGAAGUGGACUUGGACUCGUUAAUUGUGAGAAACGAUCCGUUGUCGGGAGCAAUCAUUGCGGCGAUCAUGCAAGAAGCAGGAUUACGCGCUGUGCGCAAGAACCGAUACAAUAUUAUUCAAGCAGAUCUCGAGGAUGCAUACUCGAGUCAGGUCAAGGGAGCACAAGAAGCCGACAAGUUUGAUUUCUACAGAUAA